AUGGCCGAGGACGCAGGGGAGGUCAAGUGGAGAGCGGUGCAACCCCAGUCGUUCAUCGACGUCUUCAGCGAUCAGCCCAGCUGGGACCAGAGGCAGUUCUACGUGACGAACUCCGAGACCAUGGAGACGCAGUUGCUGGACGGUCACGGUUGGGAGUGCGAGGUGGACGACCGCAACGGCUUGGCUGUGCUCUACGACGGCGACGGCAGAGGCCAGUAUGCCAACAGGAAGCUUGCCCUUCACCUCUUCAAGCACAACCAAUUGGGCACUCGAUUGUACAGGGGUGACUUGGUUGUUGGCUCGAUUAGCGAACUUCGCGCCCGUCACACGUUGGUCAAAGUGCCGAUUGCAAAGUCUGAGAUGGGGACCUUCGUGAACGUGCAAGUCGCUUUGUUCUCGUUUCCGUCAGUCGAGGGCCGUGUGUUCGUGGACAUUUGCAGUCUGUGGCGCAACUUUGACUGGAAAUUCUCGCCUGGGUCAGGGUCCGCAUGGUUCCAGCAUAGAGUGCCGAAGUGGGAGAAGCUGGUGAAGCAGCUCAACCUCGGCGACGCGGCUUACCGUCGAAGCUUGCCCUACGCCAGCUUGCCCGCAGAAGACGACGACUCUAUCGACAUCAGGAGGUGCCUCCUGUUCCCGUCGCUCAGCGUCCCGCUGUUCUUGGCGCACUUCGUCAACAGCAUCGGUGCGACUGCGAAGCAAGGCGGUGCAUUCACGCAUCCUGAAGCUAGGGCUGGGUGCCGACAUAUCGUAUCGUACUUACUCUCGUUCGUCAAGCCGAACACGGUUUUCCAACUGCGGCUCGGGAAGGACGUGAGGCGGGUUGGGAACAUGCCCAAGGGAGACAUUCCUGCCGCCAUGCGCGUGUCCGAUGACCUCUCCGCGUGCUUCCUGGGGUUCGAUGAUGUCAGGGUGCCGCCUGAGAUUCGGCAGGAGGCGAAGAAAGUUGUUCUGAAGGAGUGGCACGGGAAGCAAUUCCAGGAUGCAGCCAUCAAAAUGAUCACGUUCGCAGUGCAGUCCAAGAAGGCCAGCAUGACGGCGUCGGUGGCGACCCAGGUGCUGUGGCAGGUGUCCCAGAUCAUCGAGGACAAGUACAUCAGGUCGGCCCAGGUCGAAGUGCGAGGGUCGGAUGGGACACCCCGUGCUUUGCAACCGAGGCCCAGCGACGUGGAUGCGCAGAUUGAGCGAUCGAAAGUGUGGGACCCCAAGAACAAGAGGCACGUGAAGCGGGAGCUGUGGAGGUACCAGGAGGCGUGCAAGCAGGAGAUGACCGACCGCCUGUUCUACAGCAUGGCGGGCCCCGACGCCACGAAGGUCGGGGCCGACCUCGGCAUCCAGGGCGCUUUCAUCAUGAAUGCAGAGUCUGGGAUCGUCGCAGUGGCUCCUCCCCAGGCCGAGGCCGUCCAGAAGACGUACUUGACCCAUUUCGAGUGCGCAGGCGAGGAGGGCAGGAAGCAUGGUCUGAGCGUCUGGAAAAAAAGAUCCCUGCGCAUGGCGAAUGAGCAGGCUGGGAUCCAGACUUCAGGUAAGGAUGAGCCAGUUCGAAAGCGCCGUCGCAUGAAGACGUACCAGACAAUGUUGACAGUGCACAACAUGCUCCUUCAGACCACGGGGAAAGGCAUAGAACGGUUCCACAUCAAGCAAGUUGACGGGAAGUACACGGACCCUUUCCAGUGGGCCCACCUGAAUUUAUCCACAGACCAGGGCCCCGAUAACGUUUGCAUGCAGAACUAUCUCACGGCAACAGGGUUCAACGUUCACACAGACUGGGACUUAAGCCACGGUGCUCACAAUGACGUGUGCAAGGACAGUUUCAAGCAGCGGGGCCUUUGGAGGCAUUCGUUGCGCGUCAUGUCGGCGAUGAAUUGUGCGUACGGGAGCACUCUUUCGCCUCCCAGGCUCCAGCAGAUCCGCGAGGCGGCCGCAGAGUACAUGAGCACAGUGAAUUGUCGCACAGACCCCUGGUUCCAGUUCUGGAUGCCUCACAUCGUGAAGCAACAGAAGCUUGAUAUCGACAUCAGCGCCGACGACGCCUCCGAGAAGGUUUGGCGGGUCCUGCAGACGGCCCCAAUCUUGUGGUGGAAGGGGGCCAAGGCAAAUUUCGCCAAGUACUUCCUCUUCUCUAAGAAGUCGGAGGAGGACCUGUCUCUGUUUGCAGUCAAGGCCUGUCUGUACGGCUACGUGUGCGCUCAGUUCGGCUACAAGGCAAAGAAGGCGCCAGCGGGACCAGCGGCUUCUGCUGCGUCGUCCAGCGGACCAGCUAUCGGCGCCGAUGCCACCGUGAAGCAAGCGGCGAAGGCAACCACAGAGGACACGCUCAAAGGCGAGAACCAGUUGCAUGGCGCGGCGAUGCUGUACGCAGACGUGCAGGCCUUCCACGCGCAGUGCAUCAUUGCGCACGUGACGAAGCCUGCGCGGAAGUGGCACUCUGAUCAGAACACCACCUUGAGAGAAGGCGGUGCCGCCAUCCCUUGGGAAACGCGCAUGCUCAAUGGGGAGCUGUGGGAGCAUUUGGAGGACACAGUGAAGGUCAUCGGCACCAGCACGAACUACAACGACAUGGGCAUCGAGUCUGAGUGGCCCCCGACGAAAGGCAUCUCCGCGGACAGCCCCAGGAUAUCGCAGUCGGACGACUUCGCACGGAUGCUCUGGGACCUCUGUUUCUCUAUCGUUGGGCAUCGGCGAGCGCGGCUCCUUCAACUUUCAGAUGGGUACCCUCGGCAGUUCACGCUCCCCCUGAACGAGGGCUCCCGUGCCGCGGUCUUGAAGAGGUUCAAGGAUGACUUCACGAACCACUUGGCCGUCUGCAAGGUGGACGCGGCGUGGGCCAAGGGGUUCGCGGAGAGGUCCCCGUUCAAGAGCAUGUCCGUUCUCCAGAUAGGAUUGGCAUUCCAGGUUGAGAAAUGGCAGUGGACCGAGCGCAUGAACGAUCUCCUCUCCGCCCGCAUGAAGCGGAUCAUUGUGUCACAAUUGGUGGAGGAUUUAUUCAAUCGUGUAAAGAAGAACGUGGACCUCGGCAGCAACACGCAGUGCUGCAUUGAGGGGGCCUGGGCCCUGCCCAUCGACAAGAGGGUUGCUUCGUCUGUGCACAAGUACAAGGAGGUCGACCACACUUCCGUAUUGUUUGCCCGCAAUGCCGAACUCGAGGACGAGUGCUUCAGGCCGCCCUUGAGGCCAGGCCGCCAGUCCGAGGCAGUGCGGGAGCUGAAGCUGAAUCAGGUCAUCGGGUACGGCGAGGCGUCCUGGUACAGUCCUGGCGCGUCCAGGGCAAUGACGCCGAUUGCGGAGAUGCUUGCGCUGCGGGAUGUGACGGCUGCAAAGGAUCUGAGCUUGUGCCAGAAGCUUUGGAUGGGAAGGCUGGUGUCGACUCGCAUGUUGUUCAGGAAGAAGGAGACCCAGGCGUGGUACAUCGGCGUUGGCGACAUCGUCUCGACGCUGGCUGUGGGAUGGCCAGCCGUGCGAGUCCACACAUCUGGCGCUUACGCUCCACAGCAAGGGGGCGUGAAGCCUGGUCUGUUUGCAGUGUUUGACCUCUCCAAGUGGGAGGCCUGCUCGAUCGAGAUCUGCAGCCCGUUGCACAACGCCAUCGUGGCCGAGGGUGGGAAGGACGGCAAGGAGGUUUCGCUCCAGCGAUCGUCGCACUACGGUGACAUGGGUGUUCUGGCCAGGACGUCAGGGCCAAUUGCGCCUCUCCUGAACGUCGCAGCGAGGCAGGCGUUCGGUCGGCUCCCGCUCUCGUUCCUGAAAGUGCUCUCGGAGGAGUUGGGCGUUGGGGGCGGCGUGACUCUGGUAGAAGUGCUGAGGGGACUUAUCAAGCACAUAUUCCCUGAAAUUGCUGACGACGACCUCCUGGCUAUCUUGCGCCAGCGGGAGUACAACUACGAGGAAGUGGACGACAUGGCGGACGUGAUGGACGACGAGAUCAUCGUGGAGUCGUUCGACACGAAGGACCAGGUGACCUUGAAGAAGGAGCUCGAGACUUUGAAAAUGUCCAACGAUGAGGUUAGGGAGUACAAGUCGGCCGUGCGCGACUUGCACCACGCCCUGCUAGGGGACAAGAAGAUUGGCGAUCUGAAAGCAGCUGCGAGGCGGAGGAUGCGGGACCUGAAGUACCCCAAGAAGAUCUUCAAGACGCCGAUCGGCCACGACGACCUACCGCAGGCGCAGGCCAAGCUUCUCCUGCCGCCAGGGGCCACGGCGUGGCGAGGGAACCAGGUCGGCAGCUGGCAGGUCCACGUCAAGCCCCACCCUCGGCACAGCGAGAGGUGGGCCAAUCACGGCAACAACAGCUACAACGCGAUGCUGGCAGCUGUGCGUUUCGCGUGGUCGCAGUGGCUUGGCGACCACAUGCUGGACUCCAAGGACUGCCCCAUCGAUGGGGUGUUCUAG